ACAAAGUCCAGGCGACGACAUGGAACUACGCGUCGACCAAUGAGAACGAAGACUCCCGCGGCACGGACCAAUCGCAGCGCUUCGUGGACCUCAGCUUCGCCCCGCCUUACAAACCGCCUCCCGAAGGGUACAAGAUGCCGAAUGGACACCUGCCCGGCCUCGACUUGGACGAGACGGGCGUUUACGUCAACAGCCGACGGCAGAAUCUGCUCGACUCAAACAUGAACAAAACGAACUCUGUUUACGAGAACGCCAAUGACUCGAGCAGCGGUACGAGUCCAACCCCGCAGAUGUAUGUCCCCCACCCGGGCCAUUCUCUCAACGCCCCAGCCAGCCCAGCUCGCCACCACCCUCCUGCAGACACCAAGAAGGUACAAUUUAACCUGGCGGCCACUCAAAACCACCCCCACACCCACACCCACAGCGGUAUAGCCGGGGAGCUGACCCAUAUAUUUGAGGCGAGGAACGAGGAGGUUAUCAAACGAGUAGCAGAACUGCAGCAACUCGUUGAAGAUGCUGAAAAUUACUUGAGUGAUGCAGACGGAGAGACGACCGACGUAGAAAGUGUUCGCUCAGAUCAGUAUGGCCGACUAAAGCAUUCAGAUUCACUCCUUCUUCUGACUCAGGGUCAGAAGCUGUUACCGAAUACUGAGGUAGUGGAAAGUGAGGAACGAUCCGGUAGUGAUACAGAUUCUCAGUCAACGCCUAACCAGAGCCCUGCUCAUAGACCUGUUGCAAAGCCUCCGCAACGCCCUUCUUCAGUCCUGAAGCCCAGUGGCUCCUCCUUUGGCCUCCACUCCCCUGAUAACCUGCCAAUCACCAUGCAGAGUCGAGAAGACGACAUUAAAGCAUUAAUAAAACAACUGGAAGAUAACUCUGGGCUCCCUUACACAUUUGCAGAAGGAACUUUGUACCUUGACCCCGAUAUCAUUGAUUUAACAAUGAUUCCACCACCAAUCACGCCUGAUGAGGAUGGCACAAAAGUCUUCCCACCACAGCUGAGUACUCCCCCAACGCCAUUUGCCGACAGGGAAACGCUGGAAAAGGAGUUGAAAGCCUUGGAACAGGAUCUUGGUGAUUUGAGAUCCUUGACGAAUCCUAGCUGGCUUGAGCAUGAUGUGGUUAACAGUUACGCGGACUCCACAACUACUGGUACCAGCGACACUGAGGACAGCCUCUCCCUCAGUAGUCUCAAUACCAGCAUAGCUUCCACCGACUCUGUCUUCACGCGAAUGGGCAUUGGCGCAGGCGGGAACGGCCAGGGAGUAGUCAGGGGAAGUAACUUCACCUUAGCUGCCCUCAGACAACUGGGGAUUCACCUGGAAGAAGGAGAAGAUAUAGAUUCCUUUAUUGCCAAUCUCACCAUUCCUCCUCCACCAGAAGGAUGUGUGGACCUUCAAGCCUGUGCUGAAAGUAAUAAAAUGGGUAGUGAAUACGACAUAUCUGCAUUUAUCAUACCACCACCUCCCUCUUCUGAUACAAAAGACAACAGGUCAUCUGAUAUUAUCAGGAGACUGUAUGAGGCUAAAGAGGGCAUAAGCAAGAUGUGUGAUGAUGGCAGCGACCUGGAGGGUGGAGAAAAGGACCAUGAGAUUGCUGAAGUUAAAAUUAGCUCCGAGACUAUGGCCAAACGAGCCAAUCAGGCUGGCAAAGUAGCAUCCUUACAGAGACGUUUUGAAGUUUCUGCCAGAAAUGCCUACGCUAGUCCUCCUAAUAAUAGUGCCUCCAUAGACAAUCGACAAUUAUUAUUGAAACUUAGUAAAGAUAAGUCUAAUUCUCCUAGUGAUUCGUCAGGCUAUGACAGCCUUCGAUCCAAUCAUUCUAAUGUAGGUUUUGAGUUGGAUGCAAAAUUAGCACAAGCUCUUGAGGAAAAUGACAAGAUGUUCAAAAGUUUUGAUACGCUGAAAAGAAAACAGUUGAUGAGUGGUAGAAGUGGUGGUGUUAGUACAGUAAACAGGGAAAGUAGUAAUGAUAGCAGUGAUUCAAGUCCUCCUUCAGUUAUGUCUAGAGUGCGAACAUUCAGCUCAGGUUCGAACUGGGGAACAGCUUCUUUGCAGAGGCCAUCAACCCUUCAGCGCCAAAUGACAGUGCCAACUACCAAGGCAGAACUAGGAAAGGAGGAGGACCCUCCACCUCCCCCUCCUCGAACGCCUGUGACGCGAACCGGUACUCUCACCCACCCAAAGAAAAGUGUGCCUACUUCAUCCAAAAUUCAGAGAAGCAUAUCCAUGAGUACAGGUAAUUUGGCAAAAUCUGCGUCCCAGGGUGAUAUCAUGAUCGAAACCAAAUCUAACACCAUACUUAAGUCACCAACAAAGAGCACCAAAUCAUCUGCAUCCAGUGAAGACCUCAGUGAUUCCAAAGCCUCCCCAGGAUCUCCUUCAAAGCAGAGUCUAGCUUCAAGUAAUGAUUCCCUUACCUCCUCCUCAAGUGUGGUUACGGUUAAGUCAGCAUCCUUAAAAUCACUUGACAAUGAUGAAGACCCACCUGAGUUACCCCCAAGGAAUGGGGCAAAAGCUGCCAUGAAACCACCUCUUCCACGUAGCUCUUCUCAGGAUAAUGUAAAAAUUGCUAUGCACAACAAGGGAUUACGUUCUCCUUCACCUGUGCACAAGACAUUGAGGAGUCCGUCGCCUGACAACACCGAGCGACCACCUUCAGUGCCUUCUCGACUACGCAAACCACAACUGAGCCCUUCCAGCUCUCCGACUAACAACCUCCCUGGUACGCACCGUCCUCGCAACUUGGGCAAACUAUCUGCUCCAUCACCUCCAAGUGGGAAAUCCCCAGCUUCCAGUCCAAUAUCACCAAAAGGUAAUUCCGGAGGCGUAUCGCCAAGGGGAGGAGGAGGAAUAGUGCGUUCCCCUCAAAAGAGUCCAAAAGCUACUCGAAAAUCCCCUUCUUCAGAAGACAAACCUCAGUUACCUGCAAAGACUAGUCAGUCACCUGCACGAAGAGCACCAUCGUCUCCCCCUGCCACUAAUGGAGUGCGAAGUCCUGUUCAGAGUUCGGGGAAAACUUCAUCACCAUCAUCACGGCUUCCUAGACCCGAUAAUGCCAGCGUUGCUUUCAAAAACAGUCUCAAUCAAGAAGUAGCACCCCUACAAACCUCUUCCCCAAAAUUAUCACCCAAAGCCAAAAUGGUUAAUGGUAAAACUCCAAAUGGGACAGAUUUAGAUGAUUCCUUAGACUCUGGGAGCUUUGACCAAGAUUCCUUGGAGGAAGCAGAGGAUGUGGAAGUAAUGCCCCCAGCCUCGCGGGACGCAUUCCGACGCCUUGCCAUAGUUGUUAGCACUUCUUUAAAAUCUCUAACAGAGAUGGCUGCAGCUUGUACAGAAGCCCAGCGCUCGGGUGGUGUAGCUACUCAAGAUGAGGUCAAGUUCCAGGAGGCCAGAGAUGCACUAACAAGUGAAUCGAGACAGUUUGUAACCGCCUCAAAGUUAUUCGUUAAGUCAGCAACAGAGUCUGAAGAAGUUUUACUGCAGUGUCUCUCCAACUGCAUAACACUUAUGCAAAAGAUGGUUGAUGUCACCCAGCAAGUUGUAAGACACACGACGACACCUCUCCAAACGCAGAAUGUCGUCGUCAAGGUGAGAGAUGUCCUCACCACCUAUCAGUCGACCGUGCGAGCGGCGCUGUCAGCUGCCGGGAGGGGCAUGGACCACCCUUCCAUGAACACUCUCAUGACUCAAGCGACAAACCUCGCUGGCGUACUCACCUCCCUAAUGCGUACUCUCAGAGUAUUUAGCCCGUGAAUGAAAGAUGUGAUUUCUUAUAUAUAAUUUAGAGAACUAAAGUACAUAAAUACCAUAUAAAAUAGCUUACCUAUAAAUCCAACAUUUAUAUCAAGUGCAAUGAGAAAGAAGUACUUAAUGUAUUUACACAUUUUGUAGAUAUAGAAGUAGAGAAAAAUUCAUUACAGUACCGCCUAACACCACCAUCGUCUGCAACCUGACCAGCUUUUGUAUAUAAAGUAUACAGUAAUGAUAGAAAUCUCAGGUAUUUCAAAAUAUUGAUUAAAUCAGAAGAGCAAGAGAAAAACAAGUGUCAGUGUUUGAGCUACAAUAGAAAAACAAAAGUCAGACAAGUGGAUUUCACUUACUACAUAGAGAUGUAUAUUUAUUACACAGAUAUACAGUUAAUAUAAAUGUGUGUAUAAUAUUAACUCCACUGUAACUUCACACUUGACGAUAAUAAAACUUUCCAAAAAAAAAGAACCUGUUUUCUCAAAUGUACUCAUUAUUUUUAUUUACUUUUUAAGUUCCAGAGUUUAUUUUUAACUUUAUAAUCAUACCUUUUUAUUUUGCAUUUGCAUCUCACAAAUUGCUUCCACUUUUAUAUAUAUAAUAUAUAUAUUCAGUAAUAUCAUGUUCAUCAUAACUGUUAAUUUCCAUACUGUUAAUUUCCCUUCCCUGCCACUAGUGUCUGUUGAUGUAUAUAUUGUAUGUACAGCAAAACUAAUGAUGUGAAAAUGAGCUCAUCCUUGGCGUUGCAAAAGAUCAGUGUUUUUUUUAGUGUAACUGCUGUAUUUUCUGCUAAAUAUAGUGUUACAAGAGUAAUG